AGCUUAUGAGAAUAACCACUAGAUCAUUUAAAAAAAAAUUAUAAAUAAAGUCCUUUUUAUUUUUCAUGAAAAUAUCUAGUGAACCAUAAAUAAAUAAUAAAUAAUAAUAAAUCAAACGGCCAAAAUUGAAAACAAAAUAGGGUUUCAAAAUCUAACGCUCAAAAAUCAAUCUCAAAACCUAUAAAUUCCAAAAACCCUCACGUUCCUUCUCCUCUUACAUCUCCUUGCUUCAGCUGUGAAAUUCACAGCCACCGAAGCAGGAGAUUCCAAAAACCCUAACAAACACAAAACGCGCCGUUUCAUUCCAUUCCUACCAUGCCUUCACUAUCUAUAACUAACGACGCCGUUUCAAUGGAAAGCCCUAAGCAAAAAUCACUGAAGAAGAAGAAGGAAAAGCUUCAAAACGACAUCGUUAUGGAGGAAGAAUCAGCGAAGAAGAGUUCAAAGAAGAGGAAGAAAUCUUCAGAUGAUGAUGAAGAAACUAAGAGUGGAACUAGCUCCGAUGAAGGUUCUAGAAUGAAAGUGAAGAAGGAGAAAAAGAAGAAGAAAUCGAAGGUUGAAGAUGAUGAAGAAGUUGAAGCUGUUGUUGUGAAGAAGGAUGAUCCUAAUGCUGUUUCGAAUUUUAGAAUUUCGGAACCGUUGAAGAUGAAAUUGAAGGAAAACGGUAUUGAAGCUUUGUUUCCGAUUCAAGCUAUGACUUUUAAUACUAUUCUUGAUGGUGCUGAUUUGGUUGGUCGUGCUCGUACUGGUCAGGGUAAAACUCUGGCAUUUGUGUUGCCCAUAUUAGAGUCAUUGACAAAUGGUCCAGCUAAAUCGGUUAGAAAAACUGGUUAUGGAAGGGUCCCAAGUGUCCUCGUGCUUUUACCUACUAGGGAAUUGGCCAAUCAGGUGUAUGCCGACUUUGAACUUUAUGGUUCGUCCCUGGGAUUGGCUGCUUGCGCUGUAUAUGGUGGAGCUCCAUAUGGACCUCAGGAGAAUAAGCUCAGGAGAGGUGUUGAUAUCGUUAUUGGAACACCAGGUCGUAUUAAGGAUCAUAUUGAGAAGGGAAAUAUUGACCUGAGCCACCUAAAGUUCCGUGUCCUUGAUGAGGCUGAUGAGAUGUUGAGGAUGGGUUUUGUUGAUGAUGUUGAACUCAUUCUAGGCAAGGUACAAGAUGUUACUAAAGUACAGACCCUUCUUUUCAGUGCUACGUUGCCAAGCUGGGUUAAGCAAAUUUCUACAAAAUUUCUGAAAGCAGAUAAGAAAACUGCUGAUCUUGUUGGGAAUGAGAAAAUGAAGGCUAGCACCAAUGUUAGGCAUAUUAUUCUUCCAUGUAAUCAUACUGCUAUGGCACAGCUUAUCCCUGACAUUAUUCGCUGUUAUAGCAGUGGAGGCCGGACAAUUAUAUUUGCCGAGAAAAAGGAGUCGGCUUCAGAGCUUGCUGGAUUGUUGCCUGGUGCAAGAGCUCUCCAUGGUGAUAUACAGCAGUCACAACGUGAGGUUACAUUGAAAGCUUUUAGGUCUGGGAAAUUCAUGACAUUGGUGGCAACCAAUGUGGCGGCUAGGGGUCUAGACAUUAAUGAUGUUCAGUUGAUUAUCCAGUGUGAGCCUCCCCGGGAUGUAGAAGCAUAUAUACAUCGAUCUGGGCGGACAGGAAGAGCUGGCAACACUGGAGUUGCUGUGAUGCUUUAUGAUCCCAGAAGGUCGAAUAUAGCUAAAAUAGAAAGAGAAGCAGGUAUAAAAUUUGAACACGUAUCUGCUCCUCAGCCUGAUGAAAUUGCCAAAGCUAUGGGUGGGGAUGCUGCUUCAAUGAUUACUGAAGUGUCUGAUAGUGUAAUUCCUGCAUUCAAAUCUGCUGCUGAGGAACUUUUGAAGAACUCUGGUUUAUCAGCUGUUGAGUUACUUGCAAAAGCUCUUGCCAAGGCUGUUGGUUAUACUGAUGUAAAGAAAAGAUCACUACUGACUUCAAUGGAGAAUUAUGUUACAUUAAUUCUUGAGGGAGGAAAACCUAUGUUCACCCCAUCCUUUGCAUUUGGAACCCUGAGGAGAUUUGUACCUGAGGAUAAGGUUGACGCAGUACAAGGUCUUGCUCUAACUGCAGAUGGACAGGGUGCUGUUUUUGAUGUACCAGCCAAGGACUUGGAUGUAUUUCUUAACAGUCAAAAGAAUGCUGUUAAUGUAAGCCUAAAGAUUGCUAAGGAAUUGCCAAGUUUACAACAAAGAGAGGACAAUAGACCAAGCAGAUAUGGUGGUGGCCGUGGGUUUUCAGGUGGAAGAAACGGAGGGUUUAGGUUUGGUGGAAGAAGUGGUGGUGGCGGAAGAGGUUUUGGAGGAGGCAGAGGAGGUGGAAAGAGAUGGUAAGAGAUUCUACGAGUGAAGGAAAAUAGCAUACCACAUGGAUGCUAACUUAGGAGCCACUGAAGUUUAAUGCCGUGUUAUUUAUACCUUUACCUCUACAUGGAUGCGAAGUUACCCUAGGAAUGUUUGAGAUAUCCUUACCCCUUACAAUUUUGAUGGCUGUUUGAACAUUGAACCCUAUAAUAUAUGAGGGUCUAUUUUUUUCCUCUAUUAUUUAUCAUUUAUGUUGUGUUAUCUCAUCAAUUUAAAUUUUUACAGGAAAUUGUAAGAAUUAGGUUGUCUUUUUUUAGAAUUGAUGGUUUUUAAGUGUAUUGCUGACGACAAUGGAAAAGAUAUACAUUCUAUCAUUUUUUGUUUUUCUGAA